AUGGGGAACAUCUCCUCCAACAUCUCCGCUUUCCAGUCCCUGCACAUCGUCAUGCUGGGCUUGGACUCGGCCGGCAAGACCACCGUCCUCUACCGGCUCAAGUUCAACGAGUUCGUCAACACGGUGCCCACCAUCGGCUUCAACACCGAGAAGAUCCGGCUGAGCAACGGCACGGCCAAGGGCAUCAGCUGCCACUUCUGGGACGUGGGCGGCCAGGAGAAGCUGCGGCCGCUCUGGAAGUCCUACAGCCGCUGCACCGACGGCAUCAUCUACGUGGUGGACUCGGUGGACGUGGACCGGCUGGAGGAGGCCAAGACCGAGCUGCACAAGGUGACCAAGUUCGCCGAGAACCAAGGCACCCCCUUGCUGGUCAUCGCCAACAAGCAGGACCUGCCCAAGUCCCUGCCCGUGGCCGAGCUGGAGAAGCAGCUGGCGCUGCAUGAGCUCGCCCCCUCCACCACCUACCACGUCCAGCCCGCCUGCGCCAUCAUCGGCGAGGGGCUCACCGAGGGCAUGGACAAGCUCUACGAGAUGAUCCUCAAGCGCAGGAAGUCCCUCAAGCAGAGGAAGAAACGAUAA